CUCGGCGUUGCCGGGGAGACGCGGCAAGAUGGCGGCGCCCGAGGAGAGCGAGUGGGAGGCGUGGAUGGUGGAGACUCUGAGCCUCUAUGACGACCUCCACGUGUUUGAACUGCAGGAAGCGACGCGCGUCCUCGAGUGGAUUCACAAGACCGGUGUGUGCGUCGCUGGCUACGGAUCGGGAAGGAGGAACGAAAUUCUGCAGCUCGCUCUCCCCCAGAAACUCUCGGCUAAACAAAAGCAGGGUCUUUGCCCCGACCGUGAUUUCCGUGUGGAUGGCGGCGGCUUCUCCCACAGACCCGUCUACCAGCUGAAACAUGUGCCCGGGACCAGCCUGUUGGUGACCAGUGGUCCCCCCGAUACCUCGCUACAGGUCUGGACGCUGGGAGCCAGCGAGAGCGACAGCGUGCGGCUGCAGAGCUCGUGGCCGCUGACCGGUCCUGCGGGCAAUGGAUGGUCCCGGCUCUCCGUCACCGGCCCGCCUUCCCCCCGCGUCCUGCACGGAUCCACCCUCACUGACCUGUCCCUGCUGGACCUCCACACGCGGACCGAGCUGCCCACCGCCGCCCCCACAGGGCUGGACGCCGGUGAAUCGGUCAGCGGGCUGGCGUUACUGGACGGCUGCACCUUCCUGGUGUGUACGGAGAGCGGGCGGCUGGGCAUCGGCGAUACCCGGCAGUGCCCGGCACUGACCAGUCCCCCCAGCCCGGCCGCGGGCGCUGGCCGCUGGACCAUGGCGCUGGAGCCCGGCGGCACGGCGGUGGCCAGGCUCUCGUCCAGCGGGCAGCUGGUGCUGACUGACCGCCGGGAUCUCAGUACCGCCCUGGCACGGGCACAGAUGGACAUUACCCAGACACCGGACAACGCUGACCACCUCUGCCUCACCUGGGCACCUCACCUGCGCCACCACCUGGCCGUCUCAGGGUUUGACGGUUCGGUGCGGGUGUACGACGCCGCCCGCUGGUCUGAGAGCCCGGUGCGGGCCGAGCCGGUGAUCGUCCACCGGGGCCACGGGCUGGGGACCGGGUCAGAGCGGCCGCUGGUCACAGCCCACACCUGGGUCCCUGGGCAUCAGCGGGCGCUGCUCUCCGCUGCCACCGACGGCUCCCUACACCUGUGGGGGUGGGCAGGGGGUCGUGGGGCGUGACGCUAGGCAGAGGGGG